CUGUCAGAGCUGUCAUUAUUUUGCUUUCACUUUUGAAACGGCAAGAUAGUUUCGCCACUUCACUGAGGGACAGCGACCCCCUACUUUAGUGAAGGCUACUACACACCCACAAAAGUUUCGCUGCGAACCGUAUACUGUAAAUGCACAGUUUACAAUAACAGACCUCACCAGACGACGGAAUGUCAAAUGACCUACGAUUAAGGGAAACCUUUGUGCGGUGCGGAGCGGGGGAGGCGUCAGUAAAUGUGUGACAUCGACACUGGGUAGUUUCAGGAACUGGAGAAAAAGGGUGUGUGUUAUUAGUAAUCAGACAAGCAAAAAGUCCCACAGUCGAACUGCCAGCGAGGGCAGACGAAGAAGCGGACAGAGGGAACAGAUAGACUUCUACGUUACUUCUGUCUAGCUUUGUGUGGUUUACGCGCGUUUGGCAUUUCUAAUAGGCAAAGAUAUACUGAAAGAGAGCUGGAUUAUUCAAACAUCACAUUCCUUUCAGCUGAAACACUUCUGGUCGUGGUACGGAUAUCAAAUUCUUUUUAAGGAGGAUAGUGGAUGCGGAGCCGGCUCUCAGCCUGCGUGGGUAAUGUCUACGAUGGAUGGUAUUUUAUGUCAUAUUUCAUCAGUCUGACUAAUCAAAGGCACGGAGAACCGUUGAGUCACUGGAUUUUCAACGGAAAGGUUAUUUCUCAAGAGCAAGAAAUAUAAACUAUCCAUUUAUUUGAGCAUUACUCGGGAUUUCCAAUAUCCUAUUUGUCAAAACCAUACCCGAUUCGACGUUCACUGUGUUAAAUUUGAUGUACAUAGAACUAUGCUCCAGCUGAUAAUGCCUUUGUGGAAAAUCUCAUGCACCUGAUCCAGUUUAAUCAGAUUAUGAAGAUAUUGCAUCACAGUGUCAAUGACGGGUAAGAUGGAGACCCCUUUUUAUCACGAUGACACGCCAAGACUUCCCAAUUUUGGACAAAUGUCAGAUUAUGAAAGGUACCACAGCCACAAGAUGAUGAGCAAAAAAAACAUGGCAGGCCAUCAUUUCCACGGUGCUAUGGGAGGCACCUCAACUCUAAAACUUCUACAGGAACAGCCUGGAACCAAUGGCAACAUCAAUCCUAAUAACCUAGGAAUCACCAGCAACACAAACAGCUCUUUAAUGCCUCCGACUGACAUGAAUCUCCUGAAGCUGGCAUCCCCUGAUUUAGAGCACCUAAUAAUUCAGUCUAACCAGGGUCUGGUGACGACCAGCCCAGCGCCUAAUUCCACAGGCGGCCCCUUCAUGUACAGGAACCAAGCAACUAACGAACAAGAGGGCUUUGCGGAUGGCUUUGUCAAAGCACUGGCCGAUCUUCAUAAACAGAAUCAGCUUAUGGGGGCACCAAUGUCCCCGUCCUCAUCCAUUCAAGGUCCUUAUCAGAGGAACCUCAUGUCCAGUGGAGAAAUGCCCAUCUACACUAAUCUCAACAGCUACAAUCCCAACCAGAUCACAGUAUCCACAUCUUACACUGGCGGCCAGCUGCCUUACACGGCCUCCAGUCAUGCCGCGAGCCUCAGCGGACAGGGGCAAAGGCCCCACCCCCACGGUCGCGGUCUGGACGCACCCCAGACGGUCCCUGAGGUGCCCCACCCGCCGGGGGACCCCGCCAGCUCCCCUCCCUCCCUCUCGCCCAUUGACCUGGAGACCCAAGAGCGAAUCAAGGCGGAGAGGAAGAAGCUCCGAAAUCGCAUCGCUGCAUCCAAGUGUCGCAAGAGGAAGCUGGAGAGGAUCUCGCGCCUGGAGGAGAAGGUGAAGGUGCUGAAGACCCAGAACUCUGACCUGGCCUCCACCGCCAGCAUUCUGCGAGAGCAGGUGGCACAGCUCAAGCAGAAAGUCAUGAAUCAUGUCACCAACGGUUGCCAGAUAGCAGUGAGCUCAGCCACCAGCAAAAAGUGGGGAGAGCACCAGCUGCUGAACUUGAAUGAAGAGGUGGUUUUGCCAUCACUGGUUGAGUCAGUGCUGUGAAGCAAUUAUCAGAUAAUAAUAAUUAUUAUUAUCGUCAUGGCAGCUGGAGUAUGGAAGAUGAGCGGCGAAGUAAAGCCCUAAUGUCCUGACUUUUACACCCACACAUUUUCCAGCUGAGCUAACUACAAACAUUGGGCAUAAGAUGUGGAAAGUCUGUUUUGGAGAAAUGUACCACAGAAUGGCUUUUCAGUGCGCUCUGGAUGGACAGCUACACAAUUCAGAUAGAUACUGUAAAUGCGGACACGCAAAAGUAACAAUGUGCUCUCUGCGACAAGAAGGGAAAACACUCACUUUGAAAGUGUGACAUAUGACUAGACUUUCUUAGGACCCAGUCGAGGAGGGAAAAGGGAAUCAGUUACAAACUGAUAUGUGGACAGGCAUUUCAUAGCAGCAUAAUGGAAGUAUUUGGGAUGGGGACAAAAAAAAUUAAAAAUAAAUCAGGGCAUUCAUUUGAAAAAAGGGAAUCUGCACUUUGGAGCAUCUGGAAUUAAAUCUCAUUGGAUUCCAAAGGGGGAAAUUAUUACCUUUUAGUCUCAAAACAGUGAUUUAUUUAGUGAACAUGUACCUUUAGGGAAAGCAAGACCGAGAAGGGGGGAUUAUCCUGCUUUACAAGCAUUCCAGUAAAAUAUUUUGUAAUGUUUCAAGUUCAAAGAAACAUUUGAAAUGAGGAUGAGCGAUAUAAUGUGAAUUUGAAGUUCUGUAUAACGUGAAUUUUGUUCUAAGUAGAUCUUACGUGGCACUUCUGGGCCGUGAGUUUAUACUUGUAGUUGUCUCGAGUGAAAAAUAUUUCAAAGGUAAAAACAUUAUCUAGUAAAAAGUGUCCCCACAUCAUUGAACUUGAUCUUUGACUGUGUUGUGAUGUAAUUACAAGUGCAGAUUUACCUGUUUCAGUCGCAUCUUUACAGUAUUUUGGAAUAUAUUGUUUGUUUUGGCUUCUUAAUGUGAGAUGUACAGGUAUAUGUAUGGAAAAAUGACAACCUUUUUAAAAAUACUCAAUUUAAGUGUGUAAAUGUUGUCUGUGUUUAUUAUUUAAUAACAUAGAUAAGUAUAAUCAGAUCCAACACAAAGCUACAUGAUGUAUGAUAUUUUGAUAUUUUGUAAAGCGACCGGUUUUAUUAUAACAGACUACUUUUGAUGGUUGUGUGUAAUCAUUGACCCUGAGCGGAUUUGGAGGAUUCUUCUGCAUUCCAAGGCAAAGAUCUUGCACUGUAUUUUCCAUAAGUGUGCCUAGGAGAUGCGUAUUAACAAACCGUUAAAUGCUGUGUUCUGUGUCUUAACCUUGCGUUUUAACAAUGAACAAAACUGUCAGGCUGUCAUUUUGGAUGGCAUCGACUUUAUUUAACAUGCUGUGUUCAAUUUGCACACUGUCCGGGUAUUUAAACAGUGAAUAAGGCUGCAUGUAAAUGGGGAGGGAAAUGACCGUGGGGCAAAGCUAGACUGACGCAAGACUGCAACAAGGGCUUUUGAUCAAUAGUAUCUUGUUUGUACUGUUUUGUUUUUGAUUUUUUUUGAGCAAUCUAUUUAUGCAAAAAUCCUCUAAUAUUUAUGUUGUGUGUGUAAAAAAAAGUGUAAAAGUUGAAUUCCAGAUGUCUUGUUGACAUAUUUUGAGAAUAAUAUUGCACAUAAAUCAAAACAUUAAAUGAUAUCUGAAAUA